UGCCAGCCCCUUUGCAGCCGCGCUCCCUGCCUGCGUGGGGCUGGGGGUGUCUCUUGGCGGAGCGGGGGGGAUGCAGGAGCUGGUGGCUGGUGUGGAGGAGAUGAGGUUUGAUCUGGAGGCUGAUGUGGAGCAGCAGCGGGGAGCUCAGCCCCUGCCCUUCCCAGGCAUGGACAGUAAGUUGGGGACAGGGUCCUGUGGCAGGGAGAAGACGGCGGUGUGCAAGCACUGGCUGCGUGGGCUCCGCAAGAAGGGCGACGGGUGUGACUUUCUGCACGACUACGACGCGACCAAGAUGCCCGAGUGCUAUUUUCACGCCAAGUUUGGCAAGUGCAGCAACAAGGACUGUCCCUUCCUGCACAGUGAUGCCACCUCCAGCCCCGUGGGCUGCCCCUGGUAUGACCGCGGUUUCUGCUGGAACGGUCCCCUGUGCAAGUACCAGCACACGCGGAGGGUGAUGUGUACCAACUACCUCGUCGGCUUCUGCCCGGAAGGACCCAAGUGUAAAUUCAUGCACCUCAAGGCCGGGCUGAUACCGAGCAGCACGGAUCCAUCCAAGGGAGCCGGUUGUCCUUGGGGGCUGGUCCAGCUGGACCUGGCUGCUGGUGAGGAGAAUGGCUGCAGGGACGUGCCACCCAUGGAGCCCCCUCCACCAGUCACUGGUGAUACCCAGCACCCGUGCGACCCCAAAAGCUGCGCCCUGGGCCCACAGAACAGUCUUGAACAAGGCAUCUGCUUCAAGUGCAGACAGAAGGGUCACCACACCAGUAAGAGUGGGAAGACUCAGGUGGGAAUCCUGCUGGGGAAAUGACUGGAGUGACCGGCCGUGGAAAGAGGACACCAUAAAGCACAACACGGAGCCAGCCAGACGGCCACGAGGGCAGUCGGUUCUGCUCAGCACAAGCUCUCACAGCUCUUUGCACAAGCAGCAGAGAAAUCACAGCUUCCCUAACACAACUAGAAUGGGACCCUGCCCAGCGCCCCGUGGCCUCCUGCGCGGGUGGACGGGGGCAGUGGGGGUGGUCACUGUGCAAUCAUGGGUUUG